GUUGCUCUAAUAAAUAAACAAAAAUCCAAAGAAUUCAUGAGUGCGACAGUAGAAGACGAAGAAAAUUGUCAAAAGUAUGUCGAUAAUUACAAAACAUUAGAUGCAAUACAAUAUUUAUACAAAAAAUAUCCACACAUAAUCUCACAUCUGAAGUAUGAAGUCAGACUAGCGGAUCGUGAAAAAGAUUAUUACUUUCCCGAUAAUUUGGAUCCAUAUCCAGCAAUUGUUGUAACAACAAAAAUAGAUAAAACAUUAUGUGAUUUGUUAUCAUGUAAUCUAGUUACCGACAAGGAAGAUUGUACAGCAUCUUCAAAAGCAACGCGUUAUCCAGUAGGUGACGCUGAUCUUAUUAAAACCGAUAAAGACAAAUGGUCCGGCCUUUCAUGUCAGCCAUCUUGUUAUAACCUAUUCAAACAGAAGAACGGCGAUCAACAAAAAAAUCCACUUACAUUGACUUAUCACAAGGAUCAAUGCGUUCUAAUAUCAUCAUAUGCUAAAGCAUUUAUGGAAUUUCCUAGUAAACGUUCAACGGUACCUGAACAUCGCAUUACUGAUAUUCCCGUCGGUUUCGACCGAGAAGAUGGCGGGCAUCCUUAUUCAUUCAGUGGCAUUAAAUAUCACUGGAAUAAAACGUACUGUGAUUCAUUCUUCGAUGAAUAUUGUUCAUCUAGACAAGUGUGUUACGUUCACUGGUCGAAAAAAUAUAUCGGUAAUUUGCUUAUCGGUGAAUACAUUAUUAAAUCAUGCCAAGCAUUAGUUAGCUAUGUACAUUAUGGCUCCGAUCUUCCGCCAUCUUCAAUGGAUACAAAAGAAGUUGAAGAUACAUCAAAAUUUGUACUCAAAAAUUGGUUAAACUAUGUUAAUGAAAAAUUUGUACUACCGGAUAAAAAACUUAAAGACCUUAGACAACCAUUGAAUGCCGGUAAGGUAGAAAGCGUUGAAAUCCAACCUGAAGAAUCGACAGUCAAAGAUCGUUCGCGGAUUGAACGUAAUAUUCAUAGCGAAGACAGCCCGAAAUUAGAUUCCGAAACACGUCUUAGAUUAGAACAAGAUGCUAAAAUGAUUCAUAGUACACCAGUACGGGUUAAAAGAAAGGCGGAAGACAAGGUUUGGUCUGUAUUCGAAGGACUUGGUAAUCAGUUGAAAUCAGCAGAUUUUUGGAAGAAUCUUUGGAUGAGUCGGUGGUAUGGUAGAAUACUUGGUAAGUUAAAUGAAUAUUUGAUAAAAGCAAUCAAAAAAAUAGGCGAAGGAGUAUUAGAAAAAUUGGUUAAGACUGUAUUUGAACAUGCGGCACUACGUAUUACGCAAUCGAUUGCAUUUAAAGUGGCAUCUAAAUUAAUGCUUGGUCUUAUCAAAUUAAUUUCUCAAACAUUAACUAUCUAUGGUAUAAUAUCAGAUAUAUUAACAAUUAUCGAUAUAAUUGCUACAUGUAUUGAUCCGCUUAAAUUAAACAAUAAAUAUCCAGAUGAUUAUCUUGAUAAUUUUAUGUACACGACUGAACAUCGAACGCGGAUGAAUUACGAUAUGAUAAGACCGGUAUUGACAUUUGAAAUAUUGUCGGGAAUGCUGCUUAACGAAGAAGAGACACUUUCUUUGGGACUUAAUCUUACUAAAUAUCUAUUUAAUUACUGGCAGAAUUUACAUGUUAAUUCUGAAGGAUCGGUUAUUAAUUGGGGAAAUCCGGUUAAAAUAAAUGAAGAUACUGACAUUAAUCUUGAUGACUUUGAUUUUAGUUUCUUACGAUUGUAUACGCAGAAAGAUCUGUAUGAGUAUGAAAUAGAUCAUAUGAAACGUAUUAAAGUUGUUGAUAGAAUUCAAUACAUUAAUUACUUAUGCGGUGGUGUUCUAAUUGUUUGUUUGGUACAGCAGUAUUUUAUAUUUGUUAUCAUUAUCGCUAUCAUUAUAUGUUUGUUGAGUUAUGUACAAUAUUUAGCACUUGGUAUGGACGACAUAUCUGAUAUUACUUAUUACCUCUUAUAAUGACAUGUUUGCAUAUAUCGGGUAUCAAAAUUAACUCAACUAAUACUUGAUUUGAAAUAGUUGAAGAAUUACUAUUGAUGAAUUGAAAUUUUUUU